CCGCUCCUGUCUGAAGAAGAUCCCAUCGGACGUUCCUGCUGCCGCGAUGGAAGCGCAGGGAGGAGCGGGACGCACGGCCGGCUGUGAAGAGGCGGCGGCGGCGGCUUUCGCCGGCUCUGUAGAAGAAGCCGCGGCAGAAGAAGCGCGGAGGCUCGGCUGUAGCGUGAGGGAGAAGAAGGCGGACCUGCUCACGCUGUUUCGAAUAAGGGAACAAAUAAACCAACAUCUUAUGGAAUAUAAUACAACACUCAAUGCAAAUGAAGAAAGCAUUCCAGAUCAAGCUGUAGAUGAAAAGCUAAUGGAGAGCUCCAUAGAAGAAUUGGAAAAAGAAAUGGAAGAAGUAAAGAUAUCAUACCAGAAUAAGACAUUGGCAUUACAAAGGAUCCAAGUAACUGAUGCCCUUAGAACCAAACUGAAGGACAAUGAUGAAGACUCCAAGUUGAUCUGGGAGACUAUGCAACACAUAAUGAUGCUUAGCACUGCAAUACUAAAAGCACAGCAACAAUCCCGUGUGUUGGAAGAAAAACUGAAUGAGGUUAAGCAGAAUAGACUAGCGCUGAAACGAGCUGGGGAGUGCAAAUUGGCACAAAUACAUGCUAUGCAAAGAAAACAAAAAGAAGAGCUAGAAAAUAUGGAAGUGGGUGAAAUCUUGAAGAAGGCUCGUAGAAAUCUGCAACAGGAAAUCCAGAUGACUACAUUGAUUCAAAACAUAUUCCAGAAUCUCAUUACUGGAAGUGGAGUCAAUUGGGCAAAGGAUCCAGCUUUGAAGACAGUUGUUCUGCAACUGGAGAAGAAUGUGGCUGGAUUGUGAUUCCUUCACGAUUGCUAAUGUAGAGAAGAAAAAGUAGUCUGCUCCUCAAAGUUAGACAUCUGUACCAAUGCACAGUGCGUCAAUGUACAUACGGACAAUGCAACUUAAAAAAGAACUUCCUGCUGUAAAAUAUGGUGAUUAAUUUAAUGACUAAAAUGUCUGAGCUUUACCUUGGAAGAAUCACUGUGAAUGUAUGCAAGGAGCUGGUAAGGAAGGGUAAAGUGUCUCUACAAUCCUUCUCAUCUCCUGCUUCUUGGCUUCUAGAGCUGUUACUGACUGUAGCCUUAAGAUAAAGUCAGAAAAACGUUUGCUGCAGAGUUUUUUUAUUUCCUCCUGGAAAGGCAAAUUUCUGUAAUCGUGGUUUUAUCUUGCUACCUCACAUUAUAUAUGCCUGUGAGAAGUAGUAUAACUUGUUCGCCUAGUCAGUUAUUAUGUAAGUUCAAUAAAUUUCUAAAAUUGUA